UUCACAAACCUCAUGUGAAGUGCGGCGGUUUCAUCAUCAGGCCGCACUCUGACUGUGCUGUGAUACAGUAUCUGAAGGGGAAGUGACUUUUCACAGAGAGAACAUUUGAAUAUAUUGUUUUUGGCGACUAUAGCGUUUUCCAAAAUAAUAUCCGGCAACACGGUGAUUUAAAGAGUUUACGUGUUACAGUUGAUGCCCCAUAGAAGUUUACUACUCCUCUGUGAUCACAGGAAACCUGAAGCAGGCCAUGUGAGAGUGCAGAGAAUCAGCAUCCUGUACAAAACCAAAAUACAUCAAACGCCACGUCAGACUGACACGGACAUGGACCUGGCCGCGCUCUGCUCUUUCCUCGUGUCUUUGAGAGUUUUCCCGAGUCGUGUGCAGUUCUUUCAGUACGAAUCGGUUUAUUUGAGUUGCGGAGAUGAAACCAACGCAUCUGAAUGGACCAUCAUGAGGAACACGACUCGUCACACAAACCAGAAAAACCCAGCGCAGAAUAAAUCCAGCUGGUAUUUCAACAGUAACUUGUACUACAGAGACGCCGGCGUGUACUGGUGCCAGUCUGAAGACGGACAGUGUGGGGCUGUGGUGAACAUCACUGUGACCGCUGGAGAUGUGAUCUUGGAGAGCCCACCGCUGCCUGUAACAGAGGGACACACAGUCACACUUCGGUGCAUUUGGAACCCAGACAAACCGAGAACUGAAGGAACGUUUGAGUUCUUUAAAGACGGUUCUUGUGUUGGGAACAGCUCCAGUGGAAACCUGACCAUCCCCUCUGCGUCUCACUCAGACUCUGGGCUGUACACGUGCAGCCACCAGGGGGCGCUGUCUGCAGAGAGUCCACUGCACGUGCUCAAAACGGGUCAGUCACCUUCACCUUAUUCCAGAAGUUCAUCAUUUGGCGGGAAGCCCCCCACAGCUCUCCGACGGCCCGGCCUCCGUUCUCGCCUACUCCUCCGUCCUCAUCGUCGCUCUUACUGUUGCCGCGGCGACGGUUCCAACAGUAGCCCUCCUCGUCUGCGUCUGGAGGAGAAGGAAGCUGAAAGAAAGAGAAAAACCCGACACUAUUUACGCCAAUGUCGCCACCGUAGAGACACCUCAGCCGAAGGAACUCACAGAUUUGAAAACUGGAGACGACUCAGAGUUUUACUCAACCCUGCAGCUCAACUUUAUGUGAGAGGAUGUACAAAACCCCCACGCAAACAUCUCCGUGAAGUUGGCCUCCAACAAACCAUCACACCUACACAAAAAGAUAUCAAUCAUUUCGGUUUCGUAUACGCUGCAAAAAGUUUCGAUUGUGCUGCUUUAGUUUUAGAAAUAUUAACGAUUCUUUACAGGUGAAAGUGAGGUCAGCAGCCUCCAGGGAGAGUCAAAAAUGUUCUAAAACGACACGAAAUGGAGUCAAUCGUUUGAGUUUCAUUUGUGUUGCAAAAAGUUUGGUUUGUGCAGCUCUAGUUUUGGAGAUAUUAACGAUUCUUUCAUGUUUCAGUCUUGAGUAAGUUGCUUUUGAUUCAUAUUUUAUUGUGACGACCAGCUCGUUUGGGCGUGAGGGAAGUAACAAAAACAGUCAAGAUGGAAAAAUGAUUAAACAUUAUUUCAUUUAUCCCAACAGGGGUGUAAAAGGUAAAUUAACAAAAGACUAAAAUAUACAGAAAAUAACCUAAACUAAGGCUGCGUUCGGACUGCAGCCUGAAGUGACCCAAAUCCGAUCUUUUGGCGUCUAUGUUCCUGUAUCUGAUCUUUUAAUGACGUCUGUUUUUAACAUGUCCAACAUUUGGAUAUUUUACAAACACUGCCUCAAAUUUGAAGAGGAGAAUUUUCGAGCAGAAAUCUGUGAUAAACCAAAAGCACAUGUGUAAAAGUCCAGAUUCUACAAGAACAUUUGACAAAUUUUAACCCUUGAAAAUUUGAAGGAGCUUAAAUAGUUUUUUAGAUACAGAAAUCUGAAAGUGGAAAACUCUGCUCAAAACAGGUCAGGGCAGAGUUGACAAAAUAUUUUUUUAAUUACAAAACUAUAAGGAGUUGGAAGAUAAAAUUUUUCUGUUGGAAAGUUUGUGAACCUCCAAGAAUUUUUUCAGUCAAAUCCUGAGACAGUCGAGCAGAACAUUGGGAGAUUUGGCCCGGAAUGACCCUAAUAUCUCCGAAACUAAAGCAGCACAAACGAAGCACAAACGAUGGACAUUAUUUUGUGUGGUUUUAUUUCAUUUUGAAGCUUCCUGGAGGCUGCCGACCCCAAUUUGACCUAUAAAAGAAUCGUUAAUGGGCCAGUCCACGUCAAAUCUCCGAAUGUUCCUCUUGACCAUCUCAGGUUUGAAAAAAAUUCUAAGAGGUUCACAAACUUUCCAACAGGAAAAGCCCCAAAUUUUUUCUCCCAACUCCUUAUAGUUUUGUCAUUAAAAUAUUUUGUCAGCUCUGCCCUCACCUGUUUUGAGCAGAGUUUUCCGAGGAGCCACUUUCAGAUUUCUGUAUCUAAAAAACUAUUUAAGCUCCUUCACAUUUUCAAGGGUUAAAAUUUGUCAAAUGUUCUUGUAGAAUCUGGACUUUUACACAUGUGCUUUUGGUUUAUCACAGAUUUCUGGAGGCUUGAAUUUGCUGGAAAAAAUCAAAUCAAAUCUGAUCUUUGAAAGACUGUGGAAAGAAUUUUUUCUGUCAAAUCUGAGAUGGUCGAGUGGGACGUUCAGAGAUUUGGCGUGAAAUGACCCUAAUAUCUCCAAAACCAAAGCAGCACGAACGAAGCACAAAUCUGAUCUUUGAAGGAACGGUGGAAAGUUUCACAGACAGAGGUUUGAUAUUGAACAUAAACCUUCCCACACACGACACUGUGGACUUUGUAUUUUAAAACUGAACCUCUGUGAUGAACGAUCUACAAGAUAUGAAGUGUUCAAGAUGGAAAACAUAAAUUUGGUGCAUCUUUACCAAGUUAUACCAAAAAAAAUGAAGCACCCACCAACAGAAAAUGGACAGUUUUAGAAAGACUAGACGUCUGUUUUUAAAAUGUCCAACAUUUGGAUUUGAAGAGGAGAAUUUCUGAGCAAAUUCAAGCCUCCAGAAAUCUGUGAUAAAUCAAAAGCUCAUGUGUAAAAGUCCAGAUUCUACAAGAACAUUUGACAAAUUUUAACCCUUGAAAAUUUGAAGGAGCUUAAAUAGUUUUUUAGAUACAGAAAUCGGAAAGUGGCUCCUCGGAAAACUCUGCUCAAAACAGGUCAGGGGGGAGUUGACGAAAUAUUUUAAUGACAAAACUAUAAAGAAUUUUGGACUUUUUCUGUUGGAAAGUGUGUGAACCUCCUAGAAUUUUUUCUUCGACGGUCGAGCGAAGCAUUCGGAGAUUUGGCCUGGAAUGACCCUAAUAUCUCCAAAACUAAAGCAGCACAAACGAAGCACAAACGACUGACACGAUUGAGUUUUUGUGUUUGUUUGUUUGUUUGUUUGUUUGUUUGUUUGUGUUUGUUUGUGUUCGAUGGCGGCGACUUCACAGAGUCACACAAACCUCCUCCAGUCACCGGACGUAUGAUUGUAUUUUUACAGUUUUGGACCUUAUGCACUUUUGAGUGUCGCGAACUGUAGAAUAAUCAAACAUGAGAGCAGCUCAUGAAUGUACAUUUAGUUUUUUAAUGUAUUAUGUAAAUUAAUGAUGUAAAUAAAAUCGACUUUGUGAUUUC